AUGUCCUUCCAAAACUUCGACUCGUUCCAGAACCAGCACCCAGCGGCUGAUGCCGCCGCCGCUGCUCCUCCCGCGACCGCGGACGCCACCAUGACCGGCCAGGCAGACCCUUCCACUGCUCCCUUCCAGGGCCCUGCCCCCGGUGAGGGCGCUCCUGCUGUUCCUCAGCAGGGAAACGAGGGAAAAACCACUCUUUGGAUGGGUGAGCUUGAGCCCUGGAUUGACGAGAACUUUGUCCGCAAUCUCUGGUUCCAGAUGGGCGAGCAAGUCAACGUCAAGAUGAUCCGCGAUAAGUUUUCUGGUAGGAGCAAUGCCGGCUACUGUUUCGUUGAUUUCGCCUCUCCCGCCGCUGCAGGCAAGGCUCUGACACUGAAUGGCACCCCCAUGCCAAACACAAACCGCCUCUUCAAGCUGAACUGGGCUACCGGUGGCGGCCUCGCUGACCGCAGCCGCGAUGACCGUGGCCCCGAGUUCUCCAUCUUCGUCGGCGACCUUGGCCCCGAGGUCAACGAAUACGUCCUCGUUUCCCUCUUCCAGAGCCGGUUCCCAUCUUGCAAGUCUGCCAAGAUCAUGACUGAUCCCAUCAGCGGCAUGUCGCGCGGCUACGGAUUCGUCCGUUUCUCUGAUGAGAACGAUCAGCAGCGCGCCUUGAGCGAGAUGCAAGGAGUUUACUGUGGAAACCGUCCCAUGCGCAUCUCCACUGCUACCCCCAAGAACAAGGGCCCCGGUGUCGUUCCUGGUGGCAUGGGCAUGCCUGCCGGCCCCGGCAUGUACCCCCCAAUGGGUGGCCCGCCCAUGGGCUUCUACGGUGCUCCCCAGCCCAUGAACCAGUUCACCGACCCCAACAACACCACAGUCUUCGUUGGCGGCCUUUCUGGAUAUGUUACCGAGGAUGAACUCCGCUCCUUCUUCCAAGGAUUCGGCGAGAUCACCUAUGUCAAAAUCCCCCCUGGCAAGGGAUGUGGUUUCGUUCAGUUCGUUCAGCGCCAUGCUGCCGAAAUGGCCAUCAAUCAGAUGCAGGGGUACCCCAUCGGUAACUCUCGUGUGCGUUUGAGCUGGGGUCGCUCGCAGAACAACUCUGGCCCUGCUGGCAGCCCGUAUCGUCCUGCUCCCCCUCCCCCUCCCAUGUACCUCCCCCCUCAGCACCAAUAUGGCGGUUUCGCACCUAUGAAGUAA